AUGGUCCGCAAACUCAAGCACCACGAACAAAAGCUCCUCCGAAAGGUAGAUUUCCUCGAAUGGCAAUCAGACAAGGGCCACCGCGACCAUGAUGUUAUGCGUCGCUACCACAUACAGGAUCCUGCCACCUACGCGAAGUACAACAAGAUCUGUGGGUCCAUCCGCCAUCUCGCGCACCGGCUUGCGCUGCUGGAGCCCUCCGACCCGGUGCGCCGCAAGCACGAGGACUUGCUCCUGGCCAAGCUCCAUUCCAUGGGCAUCCUCGCGCAAAAGACAAAGAUGUCCGAUGUGGAAAACAAGGUCACUGUGUCGGCAUUCUGCCGGAGGAGGCUGCCGGUCGUCUUGACGAGGCUGAAGAUGUGUGAGACUAUAUCGGCGGCUGUCAAGUUCAUUGAACAGGGCCAUGUCCGAGUCGGGCCAGAGGUCGUUACGGAUCCCGCGUACCUCGUCACAAGAAACAUGGAAGACUUCAUCACGUGGGUCGACUCGUCCAAGAUUAAGCGAAACAUCAUGAAAUACCGCGACGAGGUCGACGAUUUCGACCUCCUAUGA